CAAGGGGCAGAGCAUUGCGAGGAUGUCGUCCCAGCUGCGCUUCAAGUUCCGCAACGAGAAGCGGUUCAAAGCCAUCAAGGUCGACCUGCCCGCCUAUGUGUCGGAGCUGAAGCACAAGAUAGCGCAGCUACUCAAGGUGGACCUCCACGCCUUCGAACUCACCCUAUCGGACCCCUCCACAAACGCAGUCCUCGAUGACCAGCACUCCGUCACCCCCGCGGCCAAUGGCGUGGCCACUGUGCUCAUCUCCCGUGCGCCAAGGACCGAGGCAACCGCUCCCAGCCAGCCUGCAGCCCCUCCCACCCUCCCUGUCGCCACAUCUGCCGGCCAACCAGCCGACAGCGACAAGGCGGCCGCAUCCGCAGCUGACCAACCACAGGCACAAUCACAAGUACAGCCACAACCGCCGCAGGAGGGCAAGGGCGAAGAGGACAACAGCAAAGAUGAGGGCGGCGAGUACAUGUCCCCGAGCCACAAGGAGGAGGACGAGCGGCUGAACGCCGUCAUCAAGCAGACCCAGGAGCAGCAGCGGGGCUCCUGGACGGCCAUUACCAACUUCCACCAGUACCAGCGAAACGAAAACCUUAAGUGGGUCAGGGGAGCAGCCGCACACAGGGACCACCACGCACCCGCACCGGCCUCCCAGCCGUCAUCCGUCCCUGGGAGACCAGGGGGUGGGAGAGGAGGUGGCGGUCCACUGCCCGCCUUCCGGCACUCUGGUCAGAGUGCGCCGCCACCCAACUACAUCUGCCACAAGUGCGGCAAGCCCGGGCACUACAUCCAGGACUGCCCCUCCAAAGGCGACAAGGACUCGUUCGGCAACAAACACCAACGGCGCAUCCGGCCGGCCGCCGGCAUCCCCCGGAGUCUCCUGCAGUCGGUGGACAAGGAUGAGGUCGACAAGACCGACCAGCAGAAUCUGCUCGUGCUGCCCGACGGCUCGUUCGCCGUCAUGAAGGCCGUCGACAAGACCAAGACCGCCCAGGUGCUCGGCAAGUCCAUCGAGCAGCGGUUCACCGAACAGCUGGGGGGCGGUGGGGGGGAGGUGCAGCAGAGCUACGGGUGCCCCCUAUGUGGCCGGCUGCUCCGUGAGGCGGUCAUCGUGGGCUGCUGCGGCACGUCCUACUGCCACGCUUGUGUCCACCAGCACCUCUACGCCGGCGGCAAGACUUGUCCAGCCUGCGAGCAGCCCCUCACACACGCCGACGUCAUGGAGAACUUCGCUCUGCGCGAGCAGAUCAAGAGCCUCGUGAGCAAGCAGAGCGCCCCGGCUGACGGUGUGGCGGGAGCGGCUGCCGCUGGUGGUGGUGUCAAGGAGGAGGGUGAGAGGAAAGGUGUUGUCAAGAAGGAGGAGGUGGGGGGUGUGCGCGUCAAGAGCGAACCUCCGGAUGAGACGAGGAGCCAGCAGCCCGCCCCACCACCACCACCACCACAGCAGCCGCAGCAGGUAGGUAUCUGGGAUGGGUGUGUGGAACCACUGUGGGUACAUGUGCUUCUUAAUCUGUGUGGUCGUUCAGAGCGCUGCCAUGCCUCGCGCACCGUCACCGUCACCGUCACCGGUGCAGGAUUCGCUCAUUCCUCCCCCUCCCCCAGACGUCCGUGGUCCCUCGAGCGAUCGUCUCGCACCCCCAUCAGAGCAGCAGCCUCACCCGUCGCGGUCAUCGUCACGCUCACGCUCGCAGCCCGUGCAGCCGCCGCCGCCGCCCCCUCCCCAUCCCUCCUCAUACCACAAGGCCCCCUCGCCCCAUCACACACAGCCAAACGGCGUGCGAUUCCACCCCUACAUGCCAUCCCCCCAGCAGCAGCACCAGGCGAACGGCCACGUGUCAUCGUCGAGUGGGAGCGGUCCGCCGAUGCACCAGCCGAUGCACCACCAUGCGGCCCCCCCGCCACCCUUUGAGGUGCCGAUGUACCCCAACGGUCAGCCGUUGAGUCGGCAGGACUUCGCUGCCUACCAGCAGGAGAUGAUCGAGCUGAUGCGGGCCCAACACGAAAGGAAGCGACGCAAGAAGAAGAAGCGAAGGCGGCGGGAGAAGAGGGACAAGGAGAGACAGAAGCGCAAGGAGGAGAGCGGCGACGCUGGUGGUGAGGGGGACGCAGAGGGUGGUGGAGGUGGUGAGGAUGAGCAGUCCAAGGCCGCCGCCGAGAGCAGCUCUGAGAGUGAGUCGUCGAGCAGCGACUCCGACUCGUCAGCUGACGAGCAAAAGGCAGCGGGAGGUGCCACCAAGAUGGCCAUCUUGCCACCGCCCCCAUACAUCCCCCCUUCAGCAUAUCAUGAUGUCCCCUACCCUCCGCCCGGUCCCCCCGGCCCCCCUCCGCUCCCCUAUCCGCCCUACGACAACAGGAGAAGAUACUGACUGACGCACGCACGAGCCGCUGUGUGUCUAGCUGAAGACGACACGACCUGCUGGCUGCUUGGUUAGUAGAUUGGUUAAAGUGAGAGAUGAGAGACAGUCAGACAGACAGAUGAUUGGGUCGUUCGUUCCAUUGUCAAUGAUAUGCGGCCUCGUGGCACAUCCAUCACUCAGGCGGUCUGUGUGUCGGAUUGACAGAAGGGGUGUAGCCAGUCGGCCAGCCAUUGGGUGGGAGAUUGUGCUUGUGAUUGAUGCGUCGAGACCUGCUCACAUGUAUAUCCUCUAUCAACAUUGUUGAUGACGGUGGCGCAACACCUACCUACAGACACAGACUGUCUUUGGCGGCAAGUGCACCACAAUCAUUCCAAUGGACGGACGUCUCGGCUGUGCGUGGUGUGCUUUGUUUGAAGAGACGUCUCUCUCGGUGAGUGUCCGUGUGGUGGUGCGUGGGUCUCUUUACUGCGUGGCGUGAUGCAUGAGUGAGUUGACUUUAAUCAUCUUUUUGGUAUAUAUUAAU